AACCGAGCACAGCCGAGCCGUCCCGAGCUGCUCCGAGGUCAAGUCGCACGAGCUACACGCGGUGACUUCCUCUACGGGUUUUCAGAAUAAAAGCGUUGUCGCAGCGCCCCGUGUUAAAACUGGAAUUGCAGAGGAUCCGUGAGUGAAAGCGGAGUGACAGGUGCAAACAAAGGCAUCACCUGCGCCUGCUAUUAUGCAGGUCAACUGAACAAUAGACCCUCAGUUGAACCACUAAACAUAAGAUAUAAACAUAUACGUGACGUGUGUCACAAUAUAAUUUAUUUCACUUUUUAAGAUCCAUUCAACAUGUCAAACCUUUGAUGGUACUCGGUGGAUUGUCAAGGUGCCAUUAUGUACAGCAUUAGAAAAUAAAGAGCAGGUUGACAGAGUCGUAGCCUGAGUAGAUAAAAGAACUCAUUUCCACAUUGUUGUAGAAUACAUGGUAACAUGUGUUAUCGUGGGGGGGCAAUGAAUUAAACUUUCAUUUUUGAGUAUAAUUAAACUUCCAGAGACACAACGUGGAGGCUUAAAUGACAUAACGUCUUUUGAUAACGUCCCUCCAUUUUUUUUAUUUUUAAAUAAUAUGUGCUUUUACUUUGAAGGCAACUCCUCACUGCCGGUUUUAAGUGCUUUUUUUUUUCUCCCCACUUCCACGGGACACGUGAAGCACGGCAGAGACACCUGAGGCUGUGGAUGACACCUGCAGGUGAGACACCGGUAGAAAUCCGGUCGUCAGCAUCCGGCACGUCCUCACCAACGGCGGACGCCACGAAGCAGAAGCCGGAUGUCGACCCCGACGUCGGGGACGAGGACUCUGGCCACUCUGCCUGGCCACCUGUGAGUAAAGAUGUAGUUUUCAAUCCGUCCUGUGGGGGGCGGUGAACCACCGAGCUGCCGGAAGUUUACAAGAAGAAGAAUCGGCGAAGAAGAAGAAGUCGCGCUAACAGUUAGCUUGCCCCGUCAUGGCGGACCUGAACCGACAGCUCCAGGAGUAUUUGGCUCAGUCCAAAGGUGGCGGAGCGAAGACCAUCUCCCAGUCCAGCUCCAGCACCACGGUGGACCUGGGCGACCCGGAGCAGGUACCCGGAAGCUGGUUCGGGCGGUGGUCCAGCCCGUGGUCCGGCCAGAACUCCGGCGGACACAGCGGCUUUUCUUGGCCGUGGUCGGCGGAGCCGGACCCCUGCCUGCCGGGCAUGAGCCGCCGGCAGCGGCUGGUGGCCUUCGGGGUGUGCGUGUCGUUUUCCGCGCUGUGUUUCGGGCUGUCCGCGCUGUACGCGCCGCUGCUGCUGCUCUACGCCCGCAAGUUCGCCCUGCUCUGGUCGCUCGGUUCGCUCUUCGCCAUCGCGGCCGUGGCGGUGCUGCGCGGCCCCAGCAGACUCGUCGCCGGCCUGCCCACCUCCCCCGGAGGCGUCAUGUACUUGUGCGCCCUCGGAGGGACUCUGUACGCGGCGCUGAGCCUCCACAGCACCGUGCUGACCGCGCUGGGGGCCGCCCUGCAGGUCACCGUCAUCGUCGGAUACGUGGUGUCGCUUCUGCCCGGGGGGAGCGCCGGGAUCCGCUUCAUGGGGGGGAUGGCGGCUUCUGCCAUCAAAAGGACCGUGACCGGGAAAACCAUGCCGAUCUGAGGGGAGGCUGAGCGCCAGACCGGGUCCGGGCGAUACAUCCAAGACUUUGUCCCAGGGCCUCGAGGGCACCCAGGGGCCCGUGACGGCUCCCGGGGAACCAGACUAGAAAGGACCAACUCUAACUCCCUGUCAGCACAUUCCUCUGCAGACUGGUGUGUGGACCUGACGCACACACGUUCCCGGAUACGACCAGGCUGAUGAUUAUUGAUUAUUGGCUCCUUUCAGCCGAUGUCAGCCUGAUGACGACGACGUUUGGGCGGACAUGUGACAUUGAACCCAAACUAAACCCUGAACGUGGACUCGCAGGACAGACCGACUCUGCCGCCGGUCACUGACCAAAUCAAGUUUAAAUGUUUCAGCUGUGAAACUUGUUCUCUGGCGCACGUGUGUCCGCGUGCAGGUGUUUAAUAUGGAAAUAAAAAACUAAACAUGUCUGAUCAGUCAGCAA